AUGAAGAUCUUCCUCAUCUUCACUUUCUACCUCAUCUCAGAUUCAUGUUGUGAUGGUUCAAAGACACUGGAGGUGAAAAAUGGAAGAUCCGCUGUAUUCAAAUGUGAAUAUUCGGAAAGAAAUGUUUAUGAUGCCAAGACUGUAUAUAAAGGGAAACAAUCGUUUGAUGAGGUGGUCUAUUCCACUGAUAAAUGGAAGAAGAAAGGAAGAUUCAGUAUUUCUGAUGACCGAGAUAAACAUUUCUUCAUUGUGACAAUUAUUGAUGUGACACCAGAUGAUGGAGGAGUUUAUUUAUGUGCAGUUCAGAUCUACAGACACUCGUACAGUUACUCCAUCAUUACUACAACUGUUCAUCUACACAUUAUGAAUCCUUUAGGUUUCAACAGAACACCGUCAGUACAUGAAGAAGAACCUGCUGAGAACACUGAAGUCGUGCAGGAGGUGAAAGAAAUGCCUCCAGUAUUUGGUCAUGAAGGAGAAUCUGUCGAGAUCAUCUGUCCGUAUGAUCCGAUCUAUAAAUCAAAGUAUCUCUGUAAGGGGAAGUGCUCCACUAGAGAUAGAAAUCCUCUCAUUGAGACUGUGAGAGACCAGAAUGAGACCAAGACUGACAGACUGACUCUGAAUGAUGAUAACACAGCAAGUGUCUUUACUGUGACCAUCACUGGACUGACAGCAGAGGAUGCUGGGAAAUACUGCUGUGCAAUGACAUUAGAAAGAGACGUGAAUUAUCUUUGCACUCAUCUCAUCAUUAUCAGGAAACAAGAGCUGAUCUUGAAUCAGUCUGAAGGAGACGACAUCUCAAUCAAGUGCAAACAUCAUGAAGAACAUCAGACAUUCUUCUGUAAAGGACAUCAAGCCUCAAUGUGUGUAAAGGAUGGAGUUUCAUUGGAGAGAAUCAGAGAUGAUGGAUUGUCUUUAAGUGAUGAAGCAUCUACUGGAGUCUUUACUGUAAACAUCACUGAUCUGAGACAAGAGGAUUCUGGGAUAUACUGGUGUGGAUCUGAUGUCAUCACUAAAGUCAUUCUGAACGUCAGAAGAGAUUUCUCCGUGAUCAUCAUCAUCAUUUGUGUGUGUGUGAUUCUGCUGCUGAUUGGAGGAUUCACUCUGACUGUUUGUAAAUUAACACACAACAAGAGACAAGAAACCUCCUCAACAUCAGACAAGAGAAAGAAAGAUACGAAUACAACGUUUCCCUCAAACUCCUCUGAUGAGCUCCUGUAUGCUGCUGUCAGAUUCCACAAACAUGAAGAUUCUGUCACUGAUGAUACAGUCACCUUCAGGAAAGAGGAGAUUCACACGGAUUAUGCCGCUGUCAGUCACCGCACAAGACUGAACUAA